GCGCUCUUUAAGCUCCGGUGUUGCCACACAGAGCAGCCAUUCAUCGGCUCUACAGUCAGCCACACACACUCCAAUGUUGAACCACUGGACACCUAAACUGGUGUAACUGCUUUUGCUGAAUUCCAGCCAGCGGUGGAAAGGAUUUGGACACUUUUACGCAGCAGUAUGGCUUUGCCUGAGAAGAGUCACCAGUAACCGGGAUCGUCGUAGACUCCAGACGUCUUAUUCAAUUAAAACAAUUUAAUUACUCAGAACAGUUUGGACUCUCUCUAAAAACAAAUUUUGCAUUCGAGGGUUGUCUUGCCAUUAGUUGAAAGUUAAACAAAAUGUCCGGCGAGGACCACAGCCUGUCCGAGGCGGAACUGAGUCCCGGAGGGUCAGACGACGGUCACUCACUGUCACCGACUCAACCCGGGGCGCCACCCGGCCAGGGCUCACCUCUGACCGGGCCGUCGCAGCAGGUGUCCGCGCUCUGUGUCGGGGAUGGAAGCGCGGAGGAUGGAGGCAUGUCCGGAGCCAAAUCAGAGGAAGAGGAAGAUCGCUUCCCGAUCGGCAUCAGGGAGGCGGUCAGCCAGGUGCUGGACGGAUAUGACUGGACACUUGUGCCGAUGCCGGUGCGCGUAAACAACGGGAACAAAGCUAAGCCCCACGUAAAGAGGCCCAUGAACGCCUUCAUGGUGUGGGCACAAGCGGCUAGGAGGAAACUGGCCGACCAGUACCCCCACCUGCACAACGCGGAGCUCAGCAAGACCUUGGGCAAACUGUGGAGGUUGCUGAACGAGAACGACAAGAGGCCAUUCAUCGAGGAGGCGGAGAGGCUGAGGAAACAGCACAAGAAGGACUAUCCGGAGUACAAGUACCAGCCCCGGAGACGCAAAAACGGCAAACUAGCGCCUGCCAGCGAGUCAGAUAGCCAGGGGGAAGGGGAGGCCAGCCACUCCCAGUCACACUACAAGACCCUGCACCUGGAGCACAAUGGUGGGGCUGGGUCCCCCCUGGGUGACCUGCACCACCACCACCAUCACCACCACCAUCCUGCUGGUCAGGGUCACAGCCCACCCACACCCCCCACCACCCCAAAGACAGAACUCCAGUCUGGAAAACUGUCAGAUGCCAAGAGGGAGUCAGCAGCAGGAGCGGCCGGAGGAUCAGGGGGGUCCAGGGGAGCCCUUGGGGUGGGAGCUGAAGGGGCGUCUCGUGGUUCAUCAUCAAGCGCUAAACCCCACAUCGACUUUGGCACCAUGGACAUCGGCGAGAUUAGUAACGACGUGAUGUCCAACAUCGAGCCGUUUGACGUAAACGAGUUUGACCAGUACCUUCCUCCAAACGGCCACCCGCAGAGUGCACCUGGGGCCACGGCAGCCGGAUCUUCGGCCUCGUCUUACGCCUACGCCCUGGCUGCUGCAAGCGGGCACUCCGCCUGGCUCUCCAAACAGCAGCAGCAGCCUCAGGUCUCUCCAUCUUCCUCCGACCCCUCCAAGGCCCAGAUCAAGAGCGAGUCUGCGUCCGGGAGCCACUACGCCGAGGCCUCGUCCUCUCCCUCCUCAGGCUCCCACGUCACCUACACCCCUCUCAGCCUCCCUCAUUAUGGCUCUGCUUUCCCCUCGCUGGCCUCCAGGGCUCAAUUUGAGUACGGAGAGCACCAGGCCCCCGGGGCUUACUAUGCCCACUCCAGCCAGGCCCCGGGGCUGUACUCAGCCUUCUCCUACAUGGGUCCUACACAGAGGCCUCUUUACACUACCAUAGGAGACCCCUCCAGCGUGGCCCCCUCUCACAGCCCCACACAUUGGGAGCAGCCUGUUUACACCACACUCACAAGACCUUGAGGGAGACCAGCUGAGCAGAGGGAAAUAUGGGAAGCGUGUGAGUGGAUCUGUGUGAGCGUGUGAUUCUGUAUACGUGUGUGUGUGUGUGUGCGUGUGCCCGUGCCAUAUUGAUGUUAUAUUAGAGGUUUUUACUUUUUUAGCCAAUAUAAUGCAAGACGCAUCCACGGGGCCUUACACAGUUAAAAAAAAAAGACAGCCACAAACUCACACAAUAUAAAGUGUGAAUCAUGGGUCAACCGCCAAUCAAGAAUUAAAUAAACUUUAACAAACGUGUGCCAACAUACAUUUAUAACUUGGGAUGGGACAGAAAGUGUGAAAACUUGAGUGUGAACAGACGCUGCGCUGAUGUAUGACUUUGAUUUGACCCAGAAAACGAUGGGUUUAGACAGACAUAAUCAGAUUUUAUUAACCAAACUAAAGCAGAUGUUUUUGAUGUUAUUGUGUUAUUUUAUAUGAGUAGUAAGUUUAUUGUCGUUGUUGAUAUCCUAGUUUGUAACUUUAUUGUGACUGAUUUGAUAUUACACUAAUACAUCUGCACCACUGCUUUGGGAAAAGCAUGUUUUUGUUUCAGUAAGAUGUUCCCUGGGGUUGUUUCUUCAUGGCCAGAAAUGGAUAGCUGCAACUUUGUUUUUUUCUGUGUACAUAGAACACUCCGUGUUUCUGUCCUGAACUGAAGAAUUAAGCAUUUAAGGGGAAAAAUGGGAAAAAGAGAGGGAAAAGAGAGCUCUGAAAGAUGUAUUUCAGCUUACCGCUCAGUCGUGGACACUUACCUCAACUCUAAUCAUUUUUGUGCCAAUAGCAAAGGAGAAAUACGACUCUGGAUACCUGAUAAAAUAAUGCUGAAGGUAUUCAAAACAUUUAGAGCAGUAAGCAUCCGCUUCAGUCUUCUUUCUUGCAUUUUAAGUGCCUAACAUUUGGCUGAUUCACUUUUGAUUUAUCAAAAAACUGACUUAAAAUGUAUAAGUACAAAGUCUCAACCAAAUCUCUUCAGAUAAUUGGCCAGCUUUGGGUCCUACUUAAGGAUUAGAAUCACAUGUACGACUGUUCUGCACUGCAUGUGGGCCACAAGCAUGUUUUUGUCUUUACAGUUUUUUCCCCUAUAUUGUGCCCAAAUAGCCCUCUUCCUCUUCAGCAAUGUGAAUAAUGGUCAUUACCACAGGCUUCACUUUUAUCACGUGAUGCAUACUUUACCAUUUUAUACUGACCCUCUUACCAUGUAGUUAUUAUUUUUAUGUAAGUAAUAAUGCAAUGUGUGUCACACCUUUGCUUCUUCCAUUUUGUAUAAUUCUGGAUAGUUUUGUAAAGUGUUUGCUAUACAUUCACUUGAGUAUUU